AGGGGAAGCGGCGAUGCAUGGGCAGUGGCUCCUGUGCCGCUGCAGCGCUCCCCGCUCGACUUGAGGGCCGGCUCCGGCGGCACGGCGGGAGCUGCGGUCUCUCGCCUCUCCCGGGGUGUGCGCGGGGGGAAUAACGUGAAGAUUUUUGGGGCGAAAGCGCAGAAAUUAGCGAGGGUCGUUCUCCGGGUAAACCGGGGCACCGGAAGUAGAGAGCGACCGGGCUGUUUUCGAGGGCGCACCACCCGGACCGGAAGUGCUGUGAGGCCGCCCCGGAAGAAAGAUGGCGGCGCCAAGACCGAAAGUCCUCCAAGGCCCUACACAAAGAUGGCGGCCCCGGCCCGGAAGUUCGCCCCUACACAAAGAUGGCGCCGCCAGGACCGGAACUUAGCCCAGGCCACAUUAAAGAUGGCGGCGAGAGGCCCCCUCGCCUCAGAGAGGCGUUUAUCCUGUUGCCUGACCUCCGCCCCGACCCGGACCCCCGCCCCGCGCCCGCAGCUCCGUUUCGCCGCGCCGCUUCCCACUGUGGGGACGGGGCGGGGCGCUUGGCGGCGCCGGGCGCGGGCGGCGGCAGGCACCGGCGCGGGCAGCCCCCUCUCGGCGCCGCGGCGCACGCGCGAGGAUCCCAGGCAGUCGCGGCGCGCCGUCCGCCCGCUCCGUUCCGCUCCGCUCCGCUCCCGCCGUGCCCCGGAGAUGCUGUCGGGGCUGCGCCGCCGCCUCCUCCCCCCCGGAAGCGACCCACGGCGGCAGAUCCGACGUCGGGCUCUGCAGGAGAUCGUCGCCGGGGCUCCCUCUUUCCCUUCGGUCGCCGUGUGUGUGCCGGACGCCUCUGGCAGGACUAACCCUGUGGCUUUUAUGUCCAAUGUGCUCUGUGCCUGCAGGUGCUGGGACAAGGAGGACUCGUGCGGGCACCUCCAGAGACAGCGGGAACGGGAGCGUGCUGCGGAGAAGGAAAGUUCCAGGUGGAAGUGGGCUGGGACAAGGGAAUUGGCUCCCACGAGGCCGAGGAUCAGAGCGGGCUCUGCACAGGGGAUGACUUCCGACUUCCACUUCUGAACGGGGAAGGGCACCUUCAUCCCCACCCCUGGCAUGGGGACGGAGUAACAUCUGCCUGCAGCUGGCUGGAGUUCCCGUUGGCUCUGGGCUUUCUGCCCACGGGCCGGGGAUCAUGGCCAGAGUCCUUCAAACCUGGGGAACAGUGGCCUUCACAGCAUCCCUGCAGCCUGUCCAGGGCAGGCUGCUGCCCAUCGGCCCCUGAUCACAGGUAGAUGUAGAACUGAUGGUAUUUAGGGAAUGCUGAUUGUAUUUCCCUGACUUUAGCAACGUGGUCAUUAAAAAGAGAAAAAUAACAAGUCUAUGGAAA